AUGGAUCAUUUGCUACACCAGAAGGCAGCUCCUCCAACAAUAUCGCAGAAGGCUAAUAAACGCAGUCUGACCCGUAUCAAAUCCACAAUCUCCACCCCAGCGUACGGAAAGGCCACCAACCUUCAUAUCAUGGGGUUUGAUAUCUCCAAAGUGAUCUCCAGACUUGAUGCCCUUCUCCUCGUCCUCGAGUCGUGUCAGUGGAAGACUUGCGGCAAGCCAUGGGAUGUGCUUCAUCCGGAUGGAUCGGAGCACAAUCUACUGGAUGCUAUAGAUCACAAGUAUGUCGCUCUCUACCGUGACCAGUUCACUAUCUCUUUGGUCGAUACUGCACUGGCGUACAGGAAUGGGUAG